AUGCCGUCACAAAAUUGUUCAGAUUGGCUGUACGGCUUUCAAACUGGAACUGAUUGGUUUUUAGUGUGUGGGGGUGCUUUACAGCGAGUCACUGCUAACUUUCGCGACCCCCAUGCCCAGUUUCCUUCUACAGUCUUGUUGAUUGGUAAGCGUGAGAAAGAAGCCGCACGCCGGGCGCUGCUACAAGGACGUACCCACUCAUGGUCACGCGGCAUCGCACAAUUGGAUGCAGACAAUUCGACAUCUAACAAUGAUCACCCUUUACUAGUUGCGAGUCUGGAUAUCGACAAAACUUGUAGCGAAAAGAAGCCACUACCAAAGCAUAAUGGACAUAUGCUUCAUAAAAUCAGGUGGCUGCCGGAGCAUUCGUCCGCAACCCCGACUAAUACUGUCGUGGAAAUGAUAGUGGGCAAGUUAUUAAUAUUGUUCAUUGACGUUGUUUGUCUUUUCCUUGACGACUUCUCUACCCCUGAGGAAGGAAUUCAUUUUUUACAAAGAUGUGAACAUCAUUGUAGUAUAUCACAAGACUGGAAGCCACAGGUUAUCCUGGUUAGUAAUCGCAUGAACAGACGGAGGGGAAGCCUUAGCCUGUCCAUGUUUAGUAGCAUACAGCGCGUGAUACUACCGAAAGAAAGCCGCAAGACCCUGUCUUCUUCAAGGUUUUUCACUCUGAAGAAAGCAAUUCACUCUAGUGUGAAUAUGGUAAGGAAAGGUAGGGAGACUUCCAAAACACUCUACUCAGCCUACCAUCUCAAUGCUUUCUUCGAGCUGGCAUUGAUGCAUGUUGCGACACGUGCAUACACACCGUUCAGCUUUAUCAUCGCUUCACGUCAACGCAAUCGAAUAGAAAAACAUCUCUGGGCCAAUCUACGGAAAUUUUUGGCACUAUGCUCUGCUAAUUUUGUAAGCAAGAAGGCAGCCUUGCAGCACAUUGCAACUGCGCUUAUGCUGGAUAGUCUUCCGCCAGGUAUGCAUCGCGGCCUCAUUGUGCUCAUGUUUCUCUUACGCCAGAACCUAGACGAAUGUAUCAACGUCUUCAAGCAGCUAUCGAAACGUGUCUUCGCUCCUCGUUUAUUACUUAGAAAUCCCCUGUUUGCGAAUAUAUAUGGUGUUUUGUAUUCAUUGCUCACAGACAGCUUCUAUGGAGCCGCUGAGAUGGAAGCAUGCGUGAAAGAAGUAUUCGGAUCGAACACUGCCUUUUUUGGCUCUAGUACAUCAGGCACAGGUAUAUCAGGUCCAAAAGUAGCAGUUACCACAAUGACCGUAUCUAAUUCCAAACUCUGCAUCCUCUCUAAUUAUAAUGGAGUUGGAAAGAGGCUCUGGUAUGCGACGCGUAGAGCCAGGGCUACAUCAGCUGCCCCGUCCUACUUCCCAGCAAAAUAUAUCCAGGGCAUUGGGUUUUUACAGGAUGGUGGUGCGGGAAAGCAUAACAAUCCUAUUGGUCCCGCAGAAUGGGAGUCGAAAGCCAUCUGGGACAGCAAUUCUGACCUAGCUGUCUCAAUAGGUACAGGGUUUGCUCGAGACUCGGAGUCACCACAGAGAGUUUCUAGAAGAUUGGGUUUUCGUGACCGGUUUUUCUCACGCCUGUUUCGCCUUUUCAACGCCAUGUUGAACGCUCAAGAUGGCUGGGAGGAUCACCUAAAUCGAGUCCCUCUUGAGGAACGGCACAAAUACUUCCGUGUUAACAUAGAGCUUAGCACAGAACCAGCGCUAGAUGAUGUUAGCAAGAUACCAGAUCUAGAAGAUUUAACUGCGACAUUUCUUCAUACGUACGAUUUCUCCAGCAUCACGAGGGCACUUUUCGCUGCUGCAUUCUUUUUUGAACUCCACCAAAAGCCUCCUGCGAAUCGAACAUCGCUAGUAUGCUUUGGUUCUAUUCGCUGUCGUAGCCCGGACACACGCUCGCUGAUUGAGAGAAUUCUGCAAGAAUAUCCAGAUGCCUCCUUUAUCACGGAAGAAGGUACUAGCUUAGGCUACAUUGGCGACUCCAGCCUUUGUACUAUGUGUGGUCAUUAUUGCAAGGCCGUCAACCUCAAGGUGUACCAUGCUGACCAGAGCACAUCUGUCUACUUGCAGUUUAAUCAAUCUAGUCAAACGAGAAUCAGCGGCUUCCCACAGUCAAUGUCGCGAUUUGUCAGGCUUCAGCAGCUAGACGCCGAGUUUGGCAGAUCAGAUCAUCAAAUCGGGGACUAUAUGGAUGCUAAAGACUGUGGUCAAUUUCUCAAAGACAGCAUUGCUGAAAGAAGGCGGUACGAACAAGCACGCCGUAAACGGACAGGGUUUUCUUAG